AAAAGAGGAUGGUCUUUGGGAUUCUGGAAGGCUUAAACAAAAUUCCAACUUCCAGCAGCCGCGUGUCUCCCCGGAGUUGGGAUGGGAUACAACUGUGACUGUAUUUCGUUAGGAUAUGGAAAUAUGAUUGAAAUUUACACUGGACCAGAAUAUUUAUUUGAGUAAUUUUUAUGGGAAAUAAAUACGUUUCAACACAGUCUGUAACGUCGCUUUUCACAACAGCUCAACGAUUUGGACAAGAUACGAGAACAUGGAUUACAGUGUGAACUGGAGAGACGAACCCUAACGUUACUUGGAGGACUCGACUGCUGUCUAUUUGCUGGGAUCUAUAGCUUUCGAUGUGUGCACUAAAGGAUUGUCACCUCUUGUGUGAAGUGAAAUGAUGGCAUCACGUUGGAAAGGUCCAUGUGAUGAAGAGGAGAGACUGACCAGACCCUCUUUGUGCGAGAAUAACGUGCUGGAGUGGGGUGAGCGGGGUGAUUCCCCUGCAGGCCUGUUCAACCUGCAGGGAGAGGAGGAGCCCUUCUCAUGGCCGGGUCCCAAGACUAUCCAUCUGCGGCGCACCUCUCAGGGCUUCGGCUUCACCCUGCGCCACUUCAUUGUCUACCCACCAGAGUCUGCCGUGCACCCUUACCCCUUCCCGGAAGAGCAUGGCCGCAGAGGGAGACAACGGAACAGGCUGGAGCCAAUGGACACCAUCUUUGUGAAGCAAGUGAAUGAGGGUGGUCCCGCCCACGGAGCUGGACUCUGCACAGGAGACCGGAUAGUAAAGGUAAAUGGAGAAAGUAUCAUUGGGAAAACGUACUCUCAGGUCAUAGCCUUGAUCCAAAACAGUGAUGCCUCUCUUGAACUCUGUGUGAUGCCAAAAGAUGAAGACAUACUGCAGCUGCCUUUUUCACAGGAGCCCACUGAUCUGGCCUACUCCCAGGAUGCGUACCUCCGAGGCCACAGUGCCUACAGUGGAAUUGCCCGUCACAUCCCCGAACCGCCCCCCAUAUGUUACCCCAGAGUAGACUGUAAGCCCCCGGGGAUGGCCCAGGCUACAGAGACCCCCUCCCCGGUGGGGGUACAGGGAGCAUGCCGGGGGCCUGGGGGGGCACCACCACCCGACCUGGGGUACCGCAUAGAGAUCCCCGUGCCCCCGUCCCCUCCUCCUCCUGCACACCCGUACCCCAAAUCACAGACUGUGGCAUGCAUGCGCAACGACAGCGUGAGGACUGUGGUAGUUCCUCCAGAGCUGGGCCAUAUGGGCCGUAUGAGACCAGCUCACAGAGUAGAGUACGGCCUGGUAGGGCCCCCUGACCCUGACAUCAUCAGAGGGCGACCUGGGUCUGUGUCCCACUACCCCCUGCCACGGAAAACCGACAUCUACCCUUCUGGUGCGAGCCGCCUCAAUUACGGCACCCCACCACCCCACUACCCACCCAACUCUAACUCCCCCAACCCCGGCGCUCACCAAAAUAUUGACUGGCGGACGUACCAGACGUACAGGGAGUACAUCGACAACAAGGGUAUCCAUGCCUACGGCAGCCGGACCAUCCAGGAGAGACUAGAGAGCCUGCGAGCCGCCAGUCAGAACACCUUCAACUCCUCCCACUACAUCCCCCAGGGGGGCUGGGGGCCCGACCCCAAAGGCCUCCGACGCAGGAGCACUUCCCACGACCGCGCCUACCACGGACCCCCACCCGCCUUCCACCACAUGCCCCCUCGCAGCUCGUCCCAGGACCGUAUGAGUGUGGCGGAGCGGGGGGUCCACUCCAGGAACUGGCCCCCUCGUAGCGUGUCCCAGGAUGGGUUUACCCACAAGGUCCGGGCCCACUCCUCUGACUAUGACUAUGUGGACCCUUUGGAUCUGGGCCGGUCCAUGGUGGACAGACGGGGCUACGGUAGCAGGGCGGACCAGAGUACACGCCCCAGCAGGCAGAGCCUCUCCAAACAGGCUGUCCAUCAUCGACCCCCUGCAGGGUACGGUAGGGACAGUCUCCGGGGGGCACCAAUGUCUAACCCUGCCCUCUACACUAAAGGACCAGAGCAGCUCCAGCACCAGCCGCACAGUGCCCCUAACAUGCCCCAAGACAGACCCUAUCACCUGGGGAAGAAUAUCAGCUUGGAGCAAUCCCACACUGACCAAAGAGCUGGUGUGAACCAUGUGAGCCAGAGUAGGGGACGGGCAGAGACCAUGCAGCCGCCAGGGGAGGUGCCAAGGAGAGAGGUGGCAGCGGUGGUUGGGCAUAGGUCCUCUUCCCUCUCCGCUCCCCAUCAGAGACCGCAGAGGCCUGGGAUCCUCAAAACCUCUUACCAGCACCCUCGCCCAGAGCCCCAGGUGAACGGGCGUGGCGCCUUAGCCUCAGAGUCAGGUGUGGUGCUCAGGGAGAAGCCUCCUGGGUCGGGAAAGAAUCCCAGCCCCCUACGCCACCCUUCCUACAUCCUGGCGGUGAACGAGGAGGACUACUCGGAACCAGUGGCGGGUGCGGUGUGCUGGCUGCCCAACGAUGCGCGGCGGGAGAUGCACAUGCGGCGGCUGAGCGAGAAGCAGGAAAAGCACCAGACUUCCUGCUCCUCCAGCAACCUGGACGAAUCCCUCGACUCCAUCCCCUUCAUCGACGAGCUGGCUAGCCCUAGUGUUGACCAUGAGGCCACGUCCAUUCCUGCUUCCGCCCUGAUAUCUGCCGCUCCAGCCAUAACUACAGUCCCCCCUAGCCCAAGCUCCUCCCCGUGCCCUCUCAUGCGCCGACAGCUAUCACAUGACCAAGAGUCUCUCAGAAAUGCUAUUCUGGAGUCUGAUGCCGAGGCCAAACAAGAGAGGUCCAAAUCCUGCGACGAGGGCCUGGAUAACUACAGAGAGGAAGGCAGAGGCCGAUCAAACAGUAAACACAUGCCCAGUCUGAGAGGCCUGAGAAAGGCUCUGGAUGGAUACAAGUCAUCUGAUGACUCUGGGUCCAGAAGGGACUCCUCUUCAGAUAUAUUCAGUGACUCUUCUAAAGAAGGCUGGCUCAACUUCAGGCAGAUCAACACUGAGAAGAGCAAGCGUGGGGGUUUGAGGUCGUGGAAGCAGAUGUACGCCGUGCUGCGAGGCCACGGCCUCACGCUUUACAAGGACAAGAGGGACGGCGUCUCCCACGCCUCCUCCCAGUCCGACGAUGACCCACAGCCAAUCAGUAUCAAGGCCUGCCUGAUUGACAUAUCCUACAGCGACACGAAACGGAAGAACGUGCUGCGUCUGACCACGUCAGACUGCGAGUAUCUGUUCCAGGCUGAGGGCAGGGAUGACAUGCUGUCAUGGAUCAGAGUCAUCCAGGAGAAUAGUAAUCUGGAUGAUGAGAAUGCUGGUGUAACCAGCCAGGACCUGAUCAGCAGAAAAAUCAAAGAGUACAACACCAUGAUGAGUGCCCCCAGCAGCAAGACUGAGCCUUCCCCCAAAACCUCCCGGCAGUCCCUCAGUAUCAGACACACCCUCCUGGGGGGGAAGGGAGAGGGCAAGAGCCAGAGCCCCCACUCACCCAAAACAGGAGAGAGAGAUGAAUCCAGUCCUCCACGGGAUAAGGCUGCCUGGAGGAGGGGUAUCCCCGGCAUCAUGAGGAAACCCUUUGAGAAGAAGACCACUGCUGGGGUCACCUUUGGGGUGCGCCUCGAUGACUGCCCACCUGCACAAACCAACAGGUUUGUUCCCCUCAUUGUGGAUGUGUGCUGUAAGCUGGUAGAGGAAAGAGGGCUGGAGUACACUGGGAUCUACAGAGUACCAGGAAACAAUGCUGCCAUCUCCAGCAUGCAGGAGGAGCUGGACAAUAAAGGACUGAUGAGUGACAUCGACAUCCAAGAAGAAAAAUGGAGGGACCUCAACGUGAUCAGUAGUUUACUGAAAUCCUUCUUCCGUAAACUUCCCGAGCCCCUUUUCACAAAUGAAAAAUAUGCAGAUUUUAUUGAAGCCAAUCGAACUGAAGACUCAGUGGAGAGGUUAAAAGAACUGAAGAGGCUGAUUCUUGAAUUGCCUGAUCAUCACUAUGAAACCCUCAAAUUUCUCUCUGGACACCUCAAGUUGGUCUCCGAAAACUGUGAGAAAAAUAAGAUGGAGCCUCGUAACCUGGCCAUCGUGUUUGGUCCAACCCUGGUCAGAACCUCGGAGGACAACAUGACCAACAUGGUCAACCACAUGCCAGACCAGUGCAAGAUAGUGGAGAACCUCAUUCAGCAGUACGACUGGUUCUUCACUGAGGAGGGGGAUGAUGACCCUGUUACCUCAGUGGAACAGGAGAGUACAGUGCAGUCUCAGCCUGUGCCCAACAUCGACCACCUGCUGUCCAACAUCGGCCGUACCACAACCACCACCUCGCCUGGGGAAGUCUCAGAUUCAACAUGUAGUGACUCCUCCAAAUCAAAGCAGGGCUUGUGGGGGUCUGGGAAGGACCAGUGUAGCAGGGAGAUGCUGCUCUCCUCCUUCUUUGUCAGUCGCAAACGUAAGAAGCCCAAGGACAAGGUUCAGCCCAGCAGCUCUGACGACGACCUGGACGCCGUGUUGGCUAAGAAAGAGGAGCCAGAACAGAGCCACCGGGACCUCCACCCCGCCUGGUCCCCAGAGAGCCAGACAGAGGAGGAGGAGAGGGAGGCCAGCGAGAGAGGGGAACAGCCAGGGGACAGGUUCCAAACCAACGGGAAAGAGUCUCGUUCAGACAGCCUUAUGUCUCAGCCCUCUCCCAAACACACCCCCAGCCUCCAUACCUCCUCUACCCGCUCCCCCUAUGCCUCACCCUCCCCCUCCCAGUCCCCCAGCCUUGGCUAUCGCAGCCAGGUGACCCACCAGUUGUCCCUGUCGGACCCCCCCUCCAACUACGAUGAGGUCUCAGACCUGGGCACCAUGAACAGCACCAGCUCCCAGGCGUCUGUCACAGGUCCCAGGGUGCGGCAUGGCAGGACAGGGGGCCUGGGGCCAGAGACGGUGGCCAGCGGCCUGGGGGCAGAGGUCAGCUCCAUCACCUCAGACUACUCCACCACCUCCUCUAUGACCUUCCUGACAGGGGCCGAGCUGAGCACGCUCAGUCCAGAGGUACGCUCGGUGGCUGAGAGCAGGGGAGGAGACGACGCUGAUGAUGAGCGUAGUGAGCUGAUUAGUGAGGGCCGGCCCAUGGAGACGGACAGCGAAAGCGACCUAUCAGUGUUUGUUGGGGGCGGGAAGGAGGCAGGGCCGGUGGAGGAGAUCUGCCAAUCAGACGUGCCGGACGCACCCAGGCCCCUCCCCUCCUACAGACUCAUUGAAUGUGACUCUCUCUCUAGAAAGAAGUCAGCAGCACGGCAGAAGAUUGACAGCGAGUCCUCAUUGGAUGGAGGGCGGAGCGACAAGGACUCCAAUAGGCUGUCUUGCGUUCUGGGGGCAGUUAAGGAGCGUUCCACUGGCAGCCUUAGCUCCUCCUCCCGCAGCGAGUCAGAGAUGGGGACUGAGCCUGCAUGGCGUCUCAAGAUCACAGACCGUCUUAAGUUCCGAAUGCGGACGUCUGCGGACGACAUGUUCGGGGUGGGCACCCAGCGGAGCCGCUCUCCAGAGGGACGCAGGGACAAGAAGAAGAACAUCAGACGCAGACACACCAUGGGAGGCCAGAGGGACUUUGCUGAGCUGUCUGUGAUGGGGGACUGGCAGGAGGGCAUGGGGAUGGGCGGGGGCUCGCGGGCGGAGCUGUCGGCCGUGGACCGGCUGAAGCCCAAGUGUUCUUCCCAGGACUUCUCCAUCCGGGAGUGGAUUGCCCGCGAGCGCCACCGCACCUCCAACCCAGAGGUCAGCCUGGACUUAACUGAACACCAGGGGGCGCUACUCCACCUCCGCAGCCCCGACCCCCAGGACCCCAACCACCCCCAGGCCCAGGAGGCCCCGUCGUCUUCCCUCUCAGACCCCCUCUCACCACACCAAGCUCCAGCUGAGCUGCUGAAUGGAGACACAGGCCCCCAGAAUAAAAGCCUGAGCCUGUCAGCCACCGCACACCCACACAAACUCUCUGGCGCCCAGGUGGUCCACUCUCGCUUCUACCAGUACCUGUGAGAGGGGGUGUCUGGGUGGGAGUGUGUGUGUGUCUACUGUCUGUAUGUCUGUGAGAUGUGUAUGUGUUUGAUCGUCUGUGUCUAUGAGACCCAUGGAUGUGGGUGAUGUUAUGUAAAUGACCAGUGAGCAUGUUCAGGUACUGUGAAGUGACGUCUGAGUGUGUGUACGCAGAGUCUGUUAGUUGGUGUGUGUUUGUUUGUACGCUUAAAAUAAUGUUUACUGCACAGGGGUGGUUUGUCUUACUCAAACACAAGGCAUGGAACAAAACAUUAAAUUGAUGUUGAUACAUUUUCUCCUUUUUCAUGACAAAUGAAAGAGUUUGGGAUGGGCGUUGGGGUAGAGAAAUCAUCACUCCUAACAGAAAUUCCUGUUUUGCUGAAGGUAGUGACUCAAGGGCCUCUUGCUCAUGGAUGAACUGAUGAGUCUGUGAAGGUUGAUUGGUGUAAGGAAGUUUUAAACAUGGCUGGCGUUAAAGAUUGUGAAAAGGUUAGCUAAGUGGCUUUAAGAUACAGUAACUGACUAGUAGGAUGAUUAGGAGGUACAAGGAACGAUUUUAAAAGUAUUGCAGGGGAACUGUAUUUGUUGUAAGAGGGUCUGUUGGUUAAAAGUGAGUCCUUCAGUAACCAAAUGAAGAAUGUACAACGUGCUUGCUGUAAUUCUGACUAAAGCUUUAGUUGCUUGUGUUCUCAUUUGAAAUUGUAGAUCUCCCCCUUCCUCUCUCUCUUUCUCUACUUGUGAGCUUUUAUUUUUUUCGGGAUAGCCUGUGUUUUGGACUGCCAUAUGUGUUCUGUUGCCGCCGUCAAGUGGCCUCAAGGUGCAUUGUGACAAGACACAGGACUAACGACGUCAUGAAAAUACAAAAAUAACUUUUUAUUCCACCCUUCUUUUAAGUGAUAGAAAAGGAGCAGUAAACAAAUACUUCCCUCUAUUGCAAUAUGUUGUGUAUUUGUUGAUGUGCUUGUGGUUUCAUGCUUCAGUCAGUUACUGGCAUCGGACUGCCAAAAAAAAUUUGAGAGGGAGAAGAAUGUGAAUAAUCAAAUCUGAAAUCAUGUUUCUUCGCAAUAGAAAGUGCCUCAAUGAACUGUAAAGGGUGCCAUAUCGUCUUUGUUGAGAUGCAUAAAGAUGUUACUAUGAAAUACAUUUAUAUCGUCGACUAACACUGUCAUUCUACAGGUUCUAUCUUAAAUGGAGAAGAACGCCGGGCUUCCAUUCCUUAGGCAUUCCACUCUGGUCUUAACAUGUUUUAUACUUUUCUUUUUUCUUUUCUUUUUUGCAUUUUGGAUUCUAACAGAACUUGAAUUUUUAAAUAUUUCUGUAAAAAAAAAAAAGUAACUUAAAUGUGUAUAUAAAUGCCAUGUUUUAGCUGC